AUAGAAUUCAGUUAAUUCAUUACAAGACCGAAACCAUGAAUACCAAAAUGGCAUUCAGUUUCAUUUUUCCCUUCCUUAUCAUCUUGUACUACUUUGUUCUCAACAAGAAAGCCAGAAGUGCAAAAUCACCCAAUCUUCCACCAGGACCAACAAAGCUACCUCUAAUCGGAAACAUACAUCAGCUGGCCGGAUUACUUCCACACCGUGCCUUUCUAGACAUGGCACAGAAAUAUGGCCCCAUUAUGCAUAUCAAACUAGGCCAAGUUUCAGCCAUCAUUAUUUCAUCACCUAGACUUGCAAAAGAAGUACUUAAAACCCAUGAUAUCGUGUUUGCAGACCGUCCCAAGACAUUUGGGAGUGAUCUUGUGUUGUAUGGAAAUACUGAUAUAGCACUAGCUCCAUAUGGAGAGUAUUGGAGACAAAUGAAAAAGAUUUCUACCUUGGAACUCCUUAGUGCCAAAAAGGUUAGAUCAUUCGGUCCCAUUAGAGAACAAGCGUUUGAUGGUUUCGUAGAGUUUCUACGAAUAUCUUCUGGGAAGCCGAUAAAUGUACACAAAAAAGUUACAGAACUGAUUAAUAACGUGGUAUGUAUAGCUUCCUUUGGGAAAAACAGUAAUCACCAACAAGCCCUUUUAGAAUUUAUAGAUGAAUUUACAAAAGUAAACAGUGGAUUUUACUUGGCGGAUCUGUAUCCUGACUUUAAGUUUCUUUAUGUCCUUUCUGGACUAAGAUCAAAGUUAAUGAAGCUGCACAAGACUCUUGACAGGAUAUUUGACGAUAUCUUGGAGGAACACGAAAGGAAAGAAAAAAACCACAAGGAUCAGGAGGAAGAGGAGGAUGAUCUUCUUGAUGUUCUUCUUAAAAUCAAAGAAGAAGGUGGUUAUGAGUUCCCCAUCACCAACAACAACAUUAAAGCCAUUUUCGUAGACAUCUUUGGAGGAGGCACUGAUACAGCGUCGGUAACGAUUGAAUGGGCUAUGACAGAGAUGAUGAGACACCCGAGCGUGAUGCAUAAGGCUCAAGAAGAAGUGAGACAAGCCUUCAAGGGGAAACAAAAAGUUAUAGAGGCUGAUACACACGGUUUGACCUAUUUGCAAUCGGUAAUCAAGGAAACCUUAAGACUUCACCCUCCAGUUCCUCUGUUACUCCCACAUGUAUGUAGAGAAAAUUGUAAAAUUGAUGGUUAUGAUAUACCGAAAAAAAUGAAAGUAAUCAUCAAUCCAUUGGCAUUGUCAACGGAUCCUGAAUACUGGGACGAUCCUGAGAGGUUCAACCCGGAGAGAUUUGAGAAUAGUUCAGUCGACUUCUUGGGAACCAAUCACCAGUUUAUUCCAUUUGGGUCGGGAAGGAGAAUGUGCCCGGGCAUAACUUUUGGUUUGACGACGAUGGAGUUUUUACUUGCUCAAAUGCUAUACUAUUUUGACUGGAAACUACCAGUUGGACUAAAUCCAGUGGAUAUCGAUAUGAAGGAGACCCAUGGGAUACUUGCAGGGAAAUUGGUUCACUUACAGUUGAUCCCUACUUGUUAUGUUCCCGAAAAAUGACCCAACCCGGCCAUCUAAGAGUGGAAUUUGAAUACAUAGAAAUAAACUGGAUACUAAUAUGUACUCUUCGAUCAUUUCAUUUCUUCAAUAAUCUAAUUAAGGCAUUUUAUGAUUUUCUUA